AUGGCACCAAAGAAUACCGACCCGGUGCGUGCAGCAGAGAGUAAUCUAGGAUACCUCCUCGGCGUUACCGCGACUUUCCAUGUCAUCGCACUGACCUUCGUUGGGAUGCGCAUGUACGCCCGCUUCAUCGUCGUGAAGGCGUUUGGCAAAGACGAUGCCCUCAUACUAGCGGCAGCGCAUGGCUUAGGUCGUCACACCGACACUCUCGAGAAGUCAGAUCACCAAGAGUACCUGAAGUUGACCUUCAUACAAGCUCUUGUCUCCAGUAUUGGUGGUAUGGCCUUCCUCAAGUUGUCCGUCGGGUUCUCACUCCUUCGUUUGGGCGUUCCCACGUUAUAUAACAGGAUACUCUGGUCGCUUAUCGGUAAGCCCAUGGUGCUUUGA